GCCACACAGACUACGAAAAAACCCCACCCAAUUUGUAAUAUCACUGUUCAUUUCGACACAAGUUACAACUUCCUUAUCAGAACAUUUUAGUUUUUAAGUGAAUCUGUUUGAAUCAAUCUUGAAUUUGACUUGAAUUCAAAUCUGUGGUCUAACAAUGGCUCCCUCUUGUUUAUGGAUGGCUCCUUUGAUAGUUUGCCUUUGCAGUUGGCAGAGCACAAAUCUAUUUGUUAUAGCUCAAACACCGUUAGUGGAACUGGUUGUUGAGCUAGCAAAUCGGACCGAGGGAAGUAAAUUGGAAAUAGGCUGCAUUGUCAACUUGCAGAUUAAACAUCACAGGUCAGUCGCCAUCAAAUGGGUGCGAGAAACCCUGAACACCACAGAGAAUAUGGCAAGAAAUAGUAAGAGCUUGGGACCAAGAUACAAUCUUUCUGAAACUUUUGAGGAAGAACUUCGUAUAGGAGAGAUUUUCUCAAUCGCCAGCCUCGGAAAAGAAGACAUGGGUACUUAUUCCUGCAUAGCUUACAAUGUAAAUAAUAACGUCUCUUUGGCAUCAGCGGCUGUAUUUGUGUCGGUGAGUUACUUCCCAGCUACCAUUGACUGUUUUCCUGAUGGCCCUGUUACUGUCCAGGAGGGAGUUACUCUUGGAAUGAGCUGUACAACCGAAAUAGGUAACCCACCAUCAAACUUCUUCAUAAGAGAAGCAUUCAGCAUCAAUGCCGGGUGGACGCUUUCCCAAACAGCCUAUAGACAAACGCUAUCACUAGAGCGAAAAAUCGCUUCAACCGACGACAGUAGAGUAUACGUCUGUCAAACCUCCCAGCCCUAUAAUAGAGCAUUGGAAAGAUCAUGUCUUAUUGGGCCAUUUACAGUGAUACCCCCUAGGUCGACGACAAAGAGCUUGAAGACGAAGGAGGCCUUCACUCUUGUACCCAUGACGUCAUCAUCAAGACGCUUGGACGCUACCGAGAUGUAUCCUGACGAGCCAACGACACCCCUCACUGAGUCACCCUCCAAUGCACUAUUACAAACCCCAUGGAUCAUUAUCUCUGUCACAAGCCUCGUUCUUUCUACCGUGUCUUUCGCUAUCAACAUCUUCAUCGUAGUGCGUCUUCAGCGGUCAACCAAGGAGGCGGCGGCGCCAGCAGCGGGGCUCGCCGCGAGCGACCCAGGCGGGGAGAAACCCUACACUGAGCUCCAGCAGCCUCGAUGCAACAUCAACCGAAGCUACACCGAGCUGCUGAGGCAGUCCCAAAAAGAAGAGAAUGUAAAUUUGGAGUACGAGUACCCGAAUCUGGACAUGGAGAAUAGCUAUGAUGACGUUCAGGUGCAUCUGGCUGACCACAGAUGCUAUCAGAAUAUCUAAUUUGGGUUUUUAGUAGAGUGGGACUUGAACCAACGACCUUUAGGAUUAACGUACCAGGUCUACCAACUAUAGCUAUCCAGUCCCUUGUUGGCAGUCUUCCUAUAAGUCGAUAUCUUUGUUUGGGGUGGGGAGCAGUCAGAAGCCCCCCCCCCCCC